AUGACUACAGCUGAAUCUGGAACCCAUGAUAAUAUAACAAGUCCCAAAGAACAAACUCGUAUGUGGAACAAUUGGAAAAGGUUUCUUGAUCUUGAAUUAAUCGGUAUGUUAAAGUCUCGUACACCAGUCCUCACGAGAUAUCUAUCAUUUACUCAUCAAUAUGAUUUUUGUUCACAUCAAUAUAAUAAUACUUAUUGUAGAACAAUGUCAAUUGAUUAUUUUCGACAAGUUAAACAUCAUUGUAAACAAUAUGCUUCUAAUCAUCAAUAUUAUCUUUAUACUUUACAGUGUUAUGAACAUCUUGCAACACUCUAUCAACAUUCGCACGAUCGAUCUAUUGAAUAUUAUCAAAACUCAUUUAAUUAUGCCUCCAAUAGUGUCCAGACGAUUUGGAAAAUCUGA